AUGCAGGAGGCAUGUCGCAAAGAUGUUGAAAGGGCAUUUGGCGUACUCCAAGCACGCUGGGCAAUUGUGAGAGGACCGGUCCGAUUCUGGAAUGAGGAGGAUCUAGGCUGCAUCAUGAAAACAUGUGUCAUUUUGCAUAACAUGAUAAUUGAAGACCAACGUGAUCACGAUGCUAGUGAUGAAAUUACUGAACUUCUUUCUUCCAACCCAAUUCAAGUAUCAAGAGAUAUCACUCCUGCAUUGGUUGAUUUCUUUAAAAAUAACCGCAGGAUUCGAUCAAAUGAGGCACAUCAUUCGCUCCGCAAUGAUCUUAUUGAACACCUAUGGGCCCGUAAUGGAGAUGAAGAAUGA